UCAACGAACAGCCCGUAAUGAUCGACGAAGCUUGAAAGCAGUUAGCCCUAGCCUAAUGCAAGUUCUAGCCUCAGCUAGCCACUCAAGGGAUGAGGUGUCGUUUCUCCGAUUAGGACGUGCAUAAGGUGUAUAAAACAACGCCAGAUAGUCUCAUUUGAUUCGCGACUGUUUAGUGAUACUGAGGUUUAAUGAAAAAUAUGAACCUGUUCGGUGUUGGCUUGGUGGUGGCCUUAAACUUGGCCUUCGCUUGCAGUGAGGUUUCUCCGGUGCUGCAGGUUUGCUCGGUUAGUGAUCCGAACAUGGGACAGUGCAUCGCCAAUGUGGUGGAUAAACUGCGACCGAAUAUCGCCUCCGGGAACUAUGGCGAGGGACGUGUCGCUGCCAAGCUGGACCCGUACUACAUUGAACAGCUGAAGAUCGACCACGGGCCCAGCUUUCGGGCUAAUUUGAACAAUGUGAACGUCGAAGGGAUUAGUCAGUUCGAGGUUCGGAAGAUACGUGAAGACCUAGCCAACAAGCGGUUCAACAUCACCGCGAAGCUUCCGAGUCUGCUGGUUUACGGAAAGUACGACUUGAACAUGAACAUUCUUCUGCUCAGAAUUUCCGGCAAAGGCAACUUCAACUUGACUCUCGAUAACACCCUAGUUAGUCUCAAAUUGCAGUAUGACCUGGACCCAAAGGACGGCAAGAAUUACAUCAAAUUCAAACCGGUCGACAUGAGGCUUAAAUUCGACGGAGCCCAAUUCUACCUGCAGAAUCUGUUCAACGGUGAUCCGGUGCUGGAAAAGGUUGGCAAUCAGGCGAUCAACUCGAACCCACAUGUGCUGUUGGAGGAAGUUCGACCAUCGAUUGAGGGUCAUCUGCGGGAAUCGCUUACGGAAAUCUCCAACACCGUAGUGAAGGGAGCCGAGGAACGCGAAUUACUUCCCCCGUAGACGGAACAGGCAGUAGCAGCCACAGAUGUGAUAUUACCAAAAUUUUAGCUUUAGCUAGUUACAAAUGAGGCGCGUUACGCCGGUAAACAAACCCAAAUGCGAUACCAAUCAGAAUCGGUCUAAGACAAUAAAAAUAUUUUCGUCAGAUUAAGUUUUCAACGAACCAAAUUGAUGCCAUCAGGUAUGUAAAAAAUGAUACCAAAUCUAAAUAAAAACCUAACAUUGAAACAACACUAGCUUGCUAUCGGGUGUGAAAAUAA